ACAAUGACUGAAUGAGAAAAGUCCACUUUCAAAAAUAAAAUCGUGUGUGUUGUUGUUUAGCCAGUCGAGAAAUUGUAUUGAUGCAGUUCUUUUGAGUGCCUAGUCAGAACGCUGUGACGGACGGAGCCAGAAUGGGAAAGCGAGGAACAGACCACGACGACUCCAACAAUCAUCACAGUAAACGUUCUAAACGGUCUGCUGCCGCAGCAGCGGCAGCAUCAUCUGUAACUCCUGUGGGGAUUUCCAUCGAUUUUGAGGAGGAGGACGGUGACGACAGAAAUCCAUCAGAACUCCCCAGGGCUGCAUGUAGUUCAGAAGUCACCACUAGGACUGGAGAGGAUGAGUAUGGCGCCAAGGACUUCCGCAAACUUCUUCAGCUGAAGCCGGAUGCAGCAUCUCGACCACUGUUCAUAGCACCUGAUGGACACAUAUUUCUGGAGACGUUUUCGCCCGUGUACAAGCAUGCUCACGAUUUCCUUAUCGCCAUAUCGGAGCCUUUGUCUCGGCCGGAGCGCCUUCAUGAAUACAAGUUGACAGCGUACUCGCUGUAUGCAGCUGCCUCCGUCGGCCUGCAGACGGCUGAUAUCAUUGAGUACCUGCGACGUCUCAGCAAGACAAGCAUUCCCGGUGGCAUCGUUGAAUUUAUCAAGAUGUGCACGUCAAGCUAUGGCAAAGUCAAGCUUGUCCUGCGUGAGAAUCGCUACUUUGUGGAGAGUGAAUAUCCAGACGUUCUGCAGAAACUCUUGCAAGACCCGGAGAUCCAACAAGCCAGGAUUGUGGUUGAUGGUGAGGAAGAUCUCAGCCAGAGGACAUCCAAGGAGACGUCGACGAUGAGUGUUGGAUCUCUUUUCAGUGGCGGUUCUUCUAGUGGUGGGGCUGGUGCUGGUGGCAACUCUCAGAAACGGCCAGGACCUGAUGAGAAGAAGGCAGGUGGUGAGGAUGGAGAGAAGAAGGCAAUUCCGACUGACAUCUCCGAUUACCUGACACAGAUCGACCAUGAUGACGAUGAGCAGGAGGAGAGACAAGUACUAUCGUUUGAAGUUGCACAAGAUCACAUCGAAGCUCUGCAGAGAAGAUGCAUCGCUAUGGAGUACCCCUUGCUGGCCGAGUACGACUUCAAGCAUGACACUGCCAACGCUGAUAUUGACAUGGACUUGAAGCCCACCACUGUUCUUCGCCCAUAUCAGGAGAAGAGCUUGAGGAAGAUGUUUGGAAAUGGCAGAGCGCGCAGCGGUGUCAUCGUACUUCCAUGUGGUGCUGGCAAGACACUGGUUGGUGUGACAGCUGCAUGUACCGUUGGCAAACCGGUACUGGUGCUGUGCACGUCUGGAGUAGCGGUGGAGCAAUGGAAGUCUCAGUUCAAGAUGUGGUCUACUGCGAAAGAGAGCUCCAUCUGCCGCUUCACCAGUGAUGCCAAGGACAAGCCCAUUGGCUGCAGUAUAGCUAUCAGUACCUAUUCCAUGGUGUCGCACUCACAGAAACGGUCCUGGGAGUCUGAGAAGGUAAUGGAGUUCUUGCAAAGCCGUGAGUGGGGCAUCAUGAUUCUGGAUGAAGUGCAAACAAUUCCUGCGAAUAAGUUCCGUCGCGUGCUGAUGGCUGUGAAGGCUCACUGCAAACUUGGUUUGACUGCGACGCUGGUCCGUGAAGAUGACCGUAUUCAGGAUCUGAACUUCUUGAUUGGACCCAAGCUGUACGAAGCCAACUGGAUGGAGCUGCAGGAUGCUGGCUACAUUGCCCGUGUCCAGUGUGCUGAGGUGUGGUGUCCAAUGUCAGGGGAGUUCUAUCGAGAGUAUCUGAGGAUCCGCAGCAGGAAACGAAAGCUGCUUUGUGUGAUGAACCCGGGCAAGUUUCGUGUCUGUCAGUUUCUGGUCAACCACCAUGAAAGGCGUAAUGACAAGAUCAUUGUCUUCUCGGACAACGUGUUUGCCUUGCGCAGCUAUGCCAUCAAGAUGAACAGGCCGUUCAUUGAUGGACCAACCAGCCAGCACGAGCGUCUUCGCAUUCUUCAGAACUUCAUUCACAACCCGGCUCUCAACUGUAUUUUCAUCUCCAAGGUGGGUGACAACUCCUUCGACUUGCCGGAAGCAAACGUUCUGAUCCAGAUCUCAGCUCAUGGUGGUUCUCGUCGACAGGAAGCGCAGCGUAUGGGUCGUAUCCUUCGUGCCAAGCGCGGGUUUGCUACACUGGAGUACAACGCGUUCUUCUACUCGCUGGUCUCUCAGGAUACGCAGGAGAUGCACUACUCCAUCAAGCGCCAGCGCUUCCUUGUCAACCAGGGCUACAGCUACAAGGUCAUCACCAAGCUGGAGGAAAUGGAACGAGAGACUGACCUGCACUUCACCACCAAAGCGGAGCAAGCCGACCUCCUCACAAAGGUUCUGGCUGCUACGGAUGCUGACGCUGAUGAAGAGGAUGUCGCUGGUUCGGACGAGUUGCCACACGGAAAGAAAGCCCAUCGUCGUGUUGGCAAUAUGUCUACAAUGUCUGGUGGAGAUGGCAUGACCUACAUGGAGUACAGCAAGCAGGCAGCAGCCAAGCAUCCUCUUUUCAAGCUCAGGAAGCCGUAGUGCUGACUACAGUGCCACUGUCGUGUUAGUACAGUGGUGAUGGUGGUAUGAUGAUGUUCAUGAUGAUUGGUCCAAUGCCGAACGGGCGCCUAAACUGCCCAACUCAGAACCCUUGAGCAUGUGCCUCAUUCGUAUGUGGCCAGGGACCUGCGGUAUGUGCCUCCUUCGCUCCGGGGGAUAACCCAGUGUUGUUUCCUACAGUGUCCAGCACCGUUUGCAGAUUCAACAAGUUGAAGCCCUUUUAUGCCCUCUAAUGGAUUUCUCAUGCAGGCCGUAGUCUCAGGUGGUAUCGUCUUGCAGUUCUGAUCUGCAAUAUCCCAGCUGCAUCACUCCUGUCAGUCGUUUCCGCUGCUCCCCGUCCACUGCUGAAGUAUUCUGGUGUGAGGGAACACGAUGCGCAAUGCCAGUGUUGACCCUACCAGUCUUGAGCAGGGACUGAGUGCUCCCUAGAACAGAGUGUUCACUGUUUCAUGAGCAGUCUGUGCUUUUAAAAUGAAAAUCCCAAAGGAGUCACUUUCUGGAAAACACAAUUUGAUGCAAGGAUGUUUUUCAACCACAUUCCAGCUUUUAUAAUCCAGUCUGACAAAUGUUUCGAACCAGCCAUGCGGGAUGAUGCUGUUCGUUCCAACCCAUUGAACGCCACUCAGUUCUGCUGAUUUGAGCUGUUCGCUUUUCACCUUUCAGUUGUAUCUGAUGCUCGAUAUGUGCUACUUGUACUACUGUACAAAGCAAAAGUAAAUCCCAGAAAAAAGCUCUAUUUUUCUCCUCAGCGGUGCGUUUAUGACGCAAAAGCAAUAAUCAUAUCUAAAAGUAUACAGGUGCUGUUGUUCUAGCUAUUUGGACUCGAUUUAGCCCUGAUGUGCGAUAUGCUGAUGCUGUUCAGAUUUCAGCCGGUUUUAUUGGAUGUUUCACAUUGUUUUUACUACCCCCAUCCCCUUCUUGUACCCGUUUUAUUUUUCACCAGGUUUUGCAGGCAAUACCAGUGUAAAAGCAUUUAAUACUUACUCUCUCUAAGAGAAAGAAAAAAGAAACCAUUCAUCUUGUCUAGUUGUACAGCUACAGCC